AUGAGCGCGAGCACGCCGGCGACAAGGCCAUUCGUGGCUAAGACGGCUGGCAGCGACAGGAUGCCAAGCGAGAUAUUCUCGCCCACCCUUAGUACCUACGGCCGUUAUGUCGUGCGGUACAAGCUUGGGCAUGGCGGUUUUUCAACAGUGUGGCUUGCCUCAGACGAGCAACACCGGGAUUCCGCCGACCGUUAUGUGGCCAUCAAGAUCAAGAGCGGCUCCUCUUCGAAGAUGGGUAUCGACGCAGACCCAGAAGUCGUCAGGCUGAGGAGGCUGGAGGAAUAUCAUGUCCAAGGACCACAGGACAAGCCUAGGCCAUAUGCACAGCUCCUGAACUGCUUCAGUGUUGAGGGUCCCAAUGGGCGCCACAACUGCCUUGUCACAGAGCUGGUUGGCCCCUCGCUUGGUAGCGUGCACUCCUUGUAUGGCCAGCUUGAGCAGGUGUUGCGCCCCGAAACAAUCCUACGAGCUUCGAAGCACCUCCUCCAAGGAGUCGACUUCAUACAUCAGGCUGGUUUGGUUCAUGGGGACACUUCCGCCGGCAACGUCGCCUUCACUUGCAAGUCUUUGCUGAACAGUUAUGAUGAGCAUCUGUUAGAUCUACUGAGCGAGGUCUACGUGGCGAACCCCUGGCCCGACAAGCCCCUGCCUUCGCCACGUCUUCCCAAGCAGUUGGUGCAAACUGCGAGGUGGGAAGCGUGGGAAGAUGAAACAGAGGAGGAAAUUCGCCUUGUCGACUGGGGUUCUGCCUUUCCAGUUGGAGGGACCGUGUCAGUAGAAGUCAUGGCACAGCCAAUCGACCUUCGAUCACCCGAGACAUUUUUUAUCGGCGAGUUUGACCACCACCACGACAUAUGGCGAGCCGGGAGCAUGAUCAGAAAGCUUGGACCUCUGCCUGAACACUGGCUGCCUAAACUCGAGGAACUGCGCAAGGAAACUAUAUAUACCCAAGAAGUUGACGAAAAUGGUGAUGCUCCUGAGGGUGACUGGGAGCUAAUUCCAGAUACGUUUGAGCUAAGGCGUCAAGUAAUCACCGCAGAGUUCACUUCGGGCGACGAAAAAUAUAACAUACCUGAUGAACACACGGAAUAUGACUUCGAGGCUCUGAAGUCGCUCCGGCGCCCAAUGCAGGCUUUACUCCAGUAUGAGCCCAGUGAACGCGCCACAGUAAAGGAUGCCCUGGAAAUGAUCGAGUGGAUUGAUCAUCGCAGAGAAACCGGGGAUGACGAAGAGGAAGGAGAGGAUGAGGAUGAAGACAAGAACGAGGAAGGGAAUGGAGGUGAGGAUGAUUAG